CGUGAAAAGAUGCAACAGGUCAUAUGACUGAAGAGUUACUUCCUUUUGCGUUAGGAGUCGAAGGCUAGUCACCAAAACCAACGGGAAAGUUUGCGGUGCGUUGAUUUGUGCAAUCCUUUUUUCCUAGGUGGUUGGUAUCGUGGAUCUUUGUAGUUCCGUAGGUAGACGCGUGGUGCGACACGAUGAAGGUAAGCGGUGUGGCGUUGUUUGUGUUCCUGCUAUGGGUCGAGGGCUCCUUGGCUGAUACCCCUGCCAACUGCACCUACGAAGACCUGUUAGGUUCCUGGGUGUUCCAGGUGUCGAAGGGAGGGCACGACAAGGGGAUCAACUGCUCUCUGAUGGACACCGUUGAGAAGUCUAUAACUGUUCAGCUGGAAAAACUGUCUGUUGCUGUGGACGAACUGGGAAACACGGGCUUCUUCACCCUUAUCUACAACCAGGGAUUUGAGGUGGUUCUCAACGAUUACAAGUGGUUUGGCUUCUUCAAGUACUCUGGGCAGGGCCCUGAAGCUAUCAGCUAUUGUGACCAGACUCUUCCAGGAUGGGUCCAUGAUUCUCUGGGUAACAACUGGGCUUGCUUUACUGCCAAACGGGUCAUCCCAAUACCCCCCCGCUCUGUUAAAAUGCAGAGCUACCACCAGAAUAGCCGCAUGCUUCUCCAGAGGCCCUACAAAAACAACCUCGGUUUCAUUGACUCCAUCAAUGAAGCCCAGAGCUCCUGGAAAGCCACAGCCUACAAAGAACAUGAGAUGUACACUCUGAAGGAGAUUAUGCACAGGGCAGGGGGACCGGCAUCACACAUCCCCAGACGGGUUCACCCUGUCUCUGUGGCAGCACCACUAGCCAAGAUGGCAGCCGGCCUCCCUGAGAGCUGGGACUGGAGAAACGUCAAUGGCGUUAACUACCUCAGUCCAGUUCGCAACCAAGCUUCAUGUGGUAGCUGCUAUUCCUUUGCCUCUAUGGGGAUGUUGGAAGCUCGUAUCCGGAUCCAAACCAACAACACGGAGACUCCGAUCUUCAGCCCGCAGCAGGUCGUCUCCUGCUCGGAAUAUUCCCAAGGUUGCGAUGGCGGGUUCCCCUACCUCAUUGGGAAAUACAUCCAGGACUUCGGUAUCGUGGAAGAGUCGUGUUUUCCGUACACUGGGAAGGACUCUCCAUGCGGCGUUCCCAAAGACUGUCUCCGCCACUAUGUUGUGGCCUACGGCUAUGUGGGUGGAUUCUACGGUGGCUGCAGCGAGUCCGCUAUGAUGCUGGAACUGGUUAACAAUGGGCCGAUGGGAGUGGCCUUCGAGGUGUACCCGGACUUCAUGCACUACCAGAAAGGCAUCUACCACCACACAGGCCUCCAUGACCCCUACAACCCGUUUGAGCUGACCAACCAUGCGGUUCUGCUGGUGGGCUAUGGCACCUGCCCAAAGACUGGCCAGAAGUACUGGGUGGUUAAGAACAGCUGGGGAGAAGGUUGGGGGGAGGGGGGAUUCUUUAGGAUCCGCAGGGGGUCAGAUGAGUGUGCCAUUGAGAGCAUUGCUGUGGCUGCGAAGCCUAUCCCAAGUCUGUAGACAGUAAAUGGGUUUAGAUCACAGGUCAUAUUUAGGCCUCAUGAAAUGUUACCUAGCCUGAUGCUAUGGCCCAAAGUCUAAAGGUUUCUAAAAAAAAAUUAUAGUGGACUUGCAUCAAAUGGCUGCAGUCUGAAAUUUUAAUUUCUCUGAUCCUUGCCAAAAUGGUAUGGGACAUUUUAUUGUUGAGAAUGAUUCUUAAAGGGAACCUGCUUUUAUCACUAAUGUAACUGGGUUUUGUAGUUCAUCUGCUGGUUGACAGUAGGGCAGAAACUCUGCCCUAUCUGUAAUCUCAGGGAAGCACAGGGUUAAUUUUAAUGUUCUGUCAUCUCCACUUAUCUGUUCUGUUCCAAUCAGUGAUGCUGAAUUGUUCUUGACCAUUAUAAAGGGAUGAAAUGGUGCCUUUAUCACAAAGAUGCUGCCUUUUACACAAGUUUUCCAAUAACACAUGUAUGCACAGAUUUGCACCAGUGGCAUGUUACAUGUUUAAAAGGAAAUAAAGUUGUUUUUAAAUGUGAA